AUGGGAAGGACGAAGGAAGCUGGGUCUUUUACUCAUAAGCGGUCAAAAGGUAAAGAUCGAGGAGGGUCAGCCGUUAAAACGGGUUUCGAUGGUCCUCUACAAGCUCCGUGUAGGAAAACAGUGUCAAUUUUCAAACAACCUGUCACUUUAGUACACACUACGAAAAGAGAAACAAAAAACACUUCUGCUGAACAAUUGCGACGAGGUACACGUGGAGGGCGUUCUAAAAAUGAAAAGCCACAUCAGUUGUUUUGGGCGAAGGCUUUGGAAGGUUUGCAAGCAAUGGUUCCUGUACGGGUGUACGACCGUUUAAAUGCGGACGAUAACGAGUAUAUACCGCAGAAUUUAAACCUGGCAGGAAAAAUGGAACCUGCUUGCAAUCUUCUUGGUAACAGUGCAUCUGCAGCUACAGUUUGCGCUGCGAUUCAUGCACACCAAGCAGUUGAUGCUAUUCUAAGGAAUCCAAUAACUGGACAAGCUUCAACAGCAAAACAGUUUGAUACCAACCCAACAAUUAGUACGAAUGUUGAUCAACCAUUUGUGCAGGUUUUGUCAGUGAGUGACCAAGACAUGCAGACUCAAGAGAGACGAGUAUUGGAUUUACGGAAAAGACUGCAGGAAGCGCGGAAGCAUUUUCAUGUAUAG